CUCUGAAUGGAUUGGCAUCCGCUCGGCAUCAGCAGGUGACUAUGCCUCGCAUGUGUUUAAGGCAGAUGACACGUCUCUCUGCUUUGUUCUUUCACACCUUUUCAUGGGCCUGCACAGCCGCAAUCGAAACUGCCCCCAAAAUUGACGGAGAGCAGACCUCCUCAAUCAUACUGCAGGAGAAUGUCACUCACCGCUUCAACUGCCAAUCAGACGGAUGGAAUCCACAAGCUCCACCCCUGCUCACCUGGUACUUGAACGGAGAGAGGCAGAGCGAGGUGACGGGCAGUCGAGGGGCGGGGCGUCUGGCUAUGACAUCACCAGAGGAUUCUGGAGUGCUGCGAUACGGUUCUAAUCGGAACAGCACGUUCACACUGAGACCCAAACGCUUGGACAGAGAGCUGGUGUGUGCGGCCCAAAACCCCACAGGAGGAGAGAGCUACAAUGCCACUGUAACACUUAACGUUCAGUUUCAGCCGGAGAUUCUUCGAGUUAACGCUCACUAUAGCGAGACCUCUGACCCCGGUCUGUCCCUGAUUCUCUUUGCUUUGGUCCGAUCCAACCCUCCCGCCACCAUCACCUGGGUGGAUCAGUCCGGUCAGCUGGUGGCCAACACCACAGACUUCCUCAUCCUGGACUCACGGAGUUACCCGUGGCUAGCCAAUCACAGUCUACAGGUCACCCUGAGCAGCCUAUCAGGAAACAUCUCAGUUAAUGCCAACAACAGCCUUGGCACUGCCCACACUAACCUGACGCUCACAGAGUUUCUGCAGUCUCGUGUGGAAGUGCCGAUGUUUGGGAUCGUGACGGGUGGAGCUGCUGGCUUCAUCACCCUCCUCAUCCUCACACUGAUGGUGUUCUUCCUCUUACAGAAGGACAAAACCAAAGCCAUCGAGGAACCUGUUGCCCUCCAUCUCUCCUCCAAAUGUAAUGACAGGGUGAAGGUUCAAGUGAACGGCAUUUAUCUGCCGAGAGAGAACAUGUCAUUGCCGUCACACGUGCAGUUGAACGAUGAUCGUGCGCUCUGUAAGGGACAGCAGAACUCAAAGCGCGGCACGCUAGAGAGGAGACGAGCCGACGAGGAAGAGGACGACCUGUCCGCAGCCUAUGCUGCCCGAGGUUUUGCUCGCUAUCCCAUGGUCGGUUACAUCUAUAAAGUGAGCAGCACCAGCAGUGAUGAGAUCUGGCUCUGAUCAUCUUCUGCACAAUAACAAAUGAACGAGAUGAAGACGAGUGAAACAUCUUGACAUCAAACACACAACCGAAUCAAUACCUCACUGAACUGAACCGGUGUGAUGGACUGUAAUGCUGCAUUUGCCGUGACAACAGGUUCAGUCCUGCUGUAGUCCAGAUCCUGAGGAGACCGUACCGACUGGACCAGCUCAGCACUCCGUAUUAAAGCUGAAGUGUGUCAUUACUGUGGCACCGAACAGAACCGCAAAAAAUAGACAUUGUUUUCAUCCGCCAUUGAUUGAACUGAUAGUCCCGCCCCCAUUCCACACCAUUGGUUGAGUAACGUUAUUGGGGCGGGUCUAAGCGGGUCACUCAAAACAAACAGAGUUGUCAUAGUGCCACAGAGACACAGUGUUUACAGAGAUAACCUGUGAAUGGUCACUUAUAUCCCUCAUAUUCUGUGUUCGAUGUACGUUAGGCUCAAUCGACGGCAUGUUACGUUGAUCACCUUUUCUUUAAUAAAAGCACAAAUGUGUGUUCCAGUGAGACACUUACAAUGGAAGUCAAUAUGGGAACAUUUUUAGAGCGUUUAAAGUUAGAAAUGUGACGCUUAUCAUUUUAUAAAAGCACUUACAUUAAUUCUUCUGUAUUAUUUGAGCUGUAAAGUCCCUUUAGGGUUUAGGGCGUUACGUUGUCAUGGCAACGGAGUUGUAAAAUCGUCCAUAUCUUUCCACAGAUGUGGUUAAGUGAUUUAAUGACAGUAAAAUCAUGUUAACACACAUAUUGUUUAUGUCUUGUGUCUAUACUUGUGAAACAGUAUUUUAAUGUUUACAGAUUAAACCCCAUUGACUUCCAUUGACUCCCAUUGACUUCCAUUGACUCCCAUUGACUUCCAUUGACUCCCAUUGACUUCCAUUGACUCCCAUUGAAUUCCAUUGACUCCCAUUGACUUCCAUUGACUCCCAUUGACUCCCACUGACUCCCAUUGACUCCCAUUGACUCCCACUGACUCCCAUUGACUCCCAUUGACUUCCAUUGACUCCCAUUGACUCCCAUUGACUCCCAUUGACUCCCAUUGACUUCCAUUGGAAGUGUCUCACUGGAACACACAUUUAAAGAAAAGGAGGAACGAGUCGACAUUAAUUAUGUGGUAAUCAUCAUUAUAACACACAUGCUGCUGAUUGAGAUGAACUCUUUAAGUUGGGAUGCGAGAAAGUAUUUUAACACCGAAAACACACUUCAGUUUUAUGCAUUUCUUCUAUAUAAAAUAUGAAAUAUAAUAUAGAUUUCUGACAAACCCUUAAUAGAGCUCGACAGCAGCGCUCCAGAAAGAAAACCGGCAAAAUCUCCAGAGAGAAAUGGACAAAAAAUAUCAGGGAAUUUUCAAAUGGAUGUGAAAUAUUUAAUGAUUGUUGUGAUUGAUCAGAACUGAGAGGAACAUCUCACCUGUACAAGUGUUCAUCACAGUAUUUACCCAGAGUUCUGUGCUGCUAUAAGGAAUGCUACAUCAUUCAUAGAUAUAUAUUUCAAUGAAUAGAAUAUAAUGAGGAUCAUGGUAAAGCAUUAGAUGUUAUUUCUGUAUGUAGAUUUAUUGUAAGUAUAUUUUAAAGCUCAGUAUUAUUCUGUACAGGUGCAUGUAGUUUUAUCCACCAGGAGGCGCCGUUAGUUGAACGCCA